AUGAAUCCGAGACUAACAUCGAUUUGCCAUGAGCCGGAUAAUGGAUAUUACAGCAUGCUUCAGCUAGAGAAUCUCGUCUUUGAUCUAUGGACUGCUGGCAUGGAAACCACGUCGAACACCCUGACAUGGGGAAUCGCCUAUAUUCUGAACAAUAAAGAAGUCCAAAAGAGAAUUCACUCCGAAUUGGAUUCAGUGAUUAAAUCGGAUCGUUUGAUCACGUUGGCCGACAAAAAUCAUCUUCCAUAUUUGAAUGCAACGAUUAAUGAAAUUCAAAGAAUGGCCAAUCUUUUGCCGACAAAUCUUUUCCGAAAAACGACAGAAGAGGUGCAGGUGAUGGGGUACAAAAUACCGAAAGGGACCAUCGUCAUUCCACAGAUUUCCGUGGUGCUCUUUGAUGAAAAGCUUUUCCCCUCCCCUCUUUCCUUCAAACCAGAGCGUUUUCUGAAUGAUGAUGGAUCGCUGAAAAAAUUCGCGCGUCGUUCGACAUGGAUCCGGUUUGAUUGCAGCCCUCAAAAUAACGUUGUCUACCGCUUGAUGUCGACGAGAGUGUUCAUCAUCCUCGAGACUUUCAUCACCAUUCCGAAAGCGUCGGAAUCAGGCUCAGCAUCGGCUACAUCAUUCCCAAAUGCUUUGACCAAAUCUCGAUGGGAUUCCGCGACUGUUUUGCCCAGUCCAUUCCCAACAGUGAUCAUCGCCGACUAUGAAACAAUCAAAGAAACGAUUAUCAAAGAUGGAGAGAAAUACACGGAUCGUUUCACUACAGAAGUCACUCAUCAAAUUAGAGGUGGUGAUUUUGGUAUUCUUGAGACAUCCGGGGACAAUUGGAGAGAAAUGAGACGUUUCACUCUGCACACAUUGAGAGAUUUUGGGAUGGGCAAAAAUUUGAUGGAGGAAAAGGUGAUGAGUGAAGUGACGUCUUUAAUGGAUCGUUUCACUCUUUUGAAAGAAACUGCUCCUCAAUGGGAGUUUGAUGUGGCCGUUGGAUCAAUCAUCAACAAUCUUCUUUUUGGAUAUCGAUAUGAGGAGGAUAAACAAGCCGAGUUUCGCGAGUUAAAGAACUUGUUGAAUGAUCACAUGAAAAACGUUGCGACAUUCUCGGCGGGGAUGGCCUUCACGCAGCCGUGGACACGAAUCAUUCCAAUGUUUAACGACGCUUGGAAUAAAGUACUGAAUGUGCGGAAUCGCCUCUUUGAGUACUUUCAACAACAAAUCGAGAAUCGAAAAAAGACAAUCGAUUAUGAAUCCGAGACUAACAUCGAUUUGGUGGAAGCUUUCUUGAAAGAGCAAAAAAAACAUAGAGAUGAGCCGGAUAAUGGAUAUUACAGCAUGCUUCAGCUAGAGAAUCUCGUCUUUGAUCUAUGGAUUGCUGGCAUGGAAACCACGUCGAACACCUUGACAUGGGGAAUCGCCUAUAUUCUGAACAAUAAAGAAGUCCAAAAGAGAAUUCACUCCGAAUUGGAUUCAGUGAUUAAAUCGGAUCGUUUGAUCACGUUGGCCGACAAAAAUCAUCUUCCAUAUUUGAAUGCAACGAUUAAUGAAAUUCAAAGAAUGGCCAAUCUUUUGCCGACAAAUCUUUUCCGAAAAACGACAGAAGAGGUGCAGGUGAUGGGGUACAAAAUCCCGAAAGGGACCAUCGUCAUUCCACAGAUUUCCGUGGUGCUCUUUGAUGAAAAGCUUUUCCCCUCCCCUCUUUCCUUCAAACCAGAGCGUUUUCUGAAUGAUGAUGGAUCGCUGAAAAAAAGAUUUGAGAUCUCAGGCGACGAAACUCCUUCAAUAAAGAAAACGGCUGGUUUCACGAUGGUUUGCUCUCCAUACAAAUGUCAAUUCAAAGAAAGAAGA